AUGGCUGAUAGGAGUGGUUCGCGGAAGCAUAGAUGGUCAAGUCCACCAGAAAUAUCUCCAAGUAAAUACUUGAGGGGCCUUGAUUCGAAACUCCCGAGAGGGGCCCAUCGCGGCAGAGAGCGAGACUCUGAUAGCCCCAGCCCGCCGAGGGAGAGGCAAGUAACGCUCUACCCCUAUGAGAGUACUCCAAAGCGCACUCUGGAUCACCGAAUUGGCGGCAAUUCCAGAGACAGCGCACAGAGCAGGGGCCACCGACGGACCAUCAGCUCGGACUUCCACAGAUUGGACCAAGAGGAGGCAUCAACACCUACUUCCAGGCCAUCGGUGUGUCACUAACAGAAGGUGAUAGCCGAACAAAGAUGAAUGAGGACAACAAAACAAAAUCCGAGGAAUUACCCAGGUCCCGGGAACGAAGGCCCAAUGCUCCAUCCUUGUUGUUUAAGAGAGCGUUCAGCGACAUAGGAGUUUCCGCAAGAGGAAGAAGAUCAUUGGAUAGCCAGGUGACAAGUCCGUCGGAAGCGGAGAGGACGAGUCGCUUCCAGCGACGGGAGUCAGAGGAUUCAGACUUGUCAAUCGAGACGAACACCCCUGAGAGGGAGAGUGAAGAAGAGAAAUCGUCAUGGAGGUCAGAGAGUGCAAGUCACCCAAGCUGGUUAGGGCGAACCAUCACAAGGACGGUUCCUAAAGAAGAACUGGAGGUCCGUAAAGAGAAGUCGAAGGUUUCACAGCCAUCGCCCAGGACAGACACCCCCAAGAAAGAGAUUGUGGAAGAAAAAUCAACUUGGAGGUCGGAGAGGGCAGAUCAUGCAAGCCGGAUAAAGCGAACUAGAAGUGUGACUCCUAAAGAAGAACCAGAGGUUCGUAAAGAGAGGCCAGAGGUCCGUAAAGAGAGAGCAGAGUCUUGUAAAGAGAGGCCAGAGGUCUUUAAAGAGAGGCCAGAGGUCCGUAAAGAGAGGCCAGAGGUCCGUAAAGAGAGGCCGGAGUCUUGUAAAGAGAGGCCGGAGGUCCGCAAAGAGAGGCCGGAGGUCCGCAAAGAGAGGCCGGAGGUCCGCAAAGAGAGGCCGGAGGUCCGCAAAGAGAGGCCAGAGGCUUGUAUAGAGACACCGGAGGUCCGUAAAGGAAGAACGGAGGCCUCGGUGGACACUCCGAGACUUGUGUUCUUAUAUGAAUCUGAUAAAGAAUCUGAUACAGGAGAUAAUCCGGAAAAGGAUCUGUCUAUAGGAAGUGACUUCUCUGACAUAGAAGAUAUGGGCACGUUGGCCAGAUUUUCUCAGGAAGACGAGCCUCUCCCGGGCUGUCCCAUGGAAGACCGCACAGCUGGGACAUCAACCCCUGGUUACGUUGUGUAUCCUCGUCAUUUGUACAAUAACUCAUGGAGUCAUUAUAAAGACCUAUGGCCUACCAGUCCCUUGUACAAGCCCAACGCAGAGCAAAACAAGUGGCGCCAGGACACCCUCGACAAGAGCUGCGUUUCAGAGGUUUCCUUUAACGCGGAGCUCAGCCAUAACACGUCCAGUGACAGCGACGGCGAGAUUCAACCGCGACGGGACAGAUCGCGAUCCUUUGAUACAAUGUGGACGUCGGAUGACAAAAGGAAAGCUGCACGAAGGACGUUGGAGAUUUUUCCCACCGACGAUUCCAGCACCCCAAAGUUCCUGCGCGACGGCUUCAUAGACACUCACUGCCACCUGGACAUGCUCUUUGCGCGGCUGCAGCAUAAGCGUUCGUUCGCCGAUCUCCGCAGGCAGUACGCCUCCACCUUCCCCUCGGAGUUUCAGGGCUGCAUCACGGAUUACUGCGACCCCCGCACGUUAGAGAGACUUCCUUGGCGGCACGUGCUGAACGAGAACCUGGUCUGGGGGGCGUUCGGGUGUCACCCUCACUUCGCACAGUACUACACCGACCAACUACAGGAGGAGAUGAUGCAGGCUAUGCGGCACCCCAAAGCGAUCGCUUAUGGGGAGAUGGGCCUGGAUUACUCCCACAAAUGUUCCACGACCGUCCCGGAUCAGCAUGCCGUUUUCGAGAAGCAGCUGAAGCUGGCCGUGCCUCUGGGGAAGCCUCUGGUCAUUCAUUGCCGAGAUGCAGACGAGGACCUGUUCAGGAUCAUGAAGAAGUGGGUUCCCCAUGACUACAAGAUACAUCGACAUUGCUUUACUGGCAGCUACAGAGACAUUGAACCCUUCCUCAAUGAAUUUCCGAACAUGUCUGUGGGCUUUACCGCCGUCCUGACGUACCCUUCAGCAGCGAGUGCGCGGGACGCUGUCAGCCAGAUCCCCCUGGACAAGCUGAUCAUAGAAACAGAUGCUCCGUUCUUUGUACCCAGACAGGUAAUCCAGGACAGGUGA